AUCAACCAUGGUGAUAUCAACAAUGUCAGCUAUACUAUUGGUGUUGCACCUUUUUGUCCUUCAUCUUCAAUAUUCAGAGGUUCAGUCUCUUGCCAAUACUUCUUCUCAUGAUUUUAGCUACCUGAGCUUUGUGUACGACGCCACGGAUCCAGAAUUGGAAGGAUCAUAUGACUACAUUAUAGUUGGCGGAGGAACAGCAGGGUGUCCAUUGGCAGCAACUUUAUCAGCAAACUACUCAGUGCUUGUUCUAGAAAGGGGCAGUCUUCCUACAGAAUAUCCAAACCUCUUGACAUCAGAUGGGUUUGUAUAUAAUCUCCAGCAAGAAGAUGAUGGAAAGACACCAGUCGAAAGGUUCGUGUCCGAAGAUGGUAUUGAUAACGUACGGGGCAGGGUGCUCGGUGGCACAAGCAUGAUCAAUGCCGGUGUCUACGUCAGAGCUAACACCUCAUUCUUUAAUCAGACAGGAAUUGAAUGGGACAUGGAUUUGGUUAAUCAGACAUAUGAGUGGGUUGAAGACACUAUUGUGUUCGAGCCAGAUUCGCAAACUUGGCAAACUGUUAUAGGAACUGCAUACUUGGAGGCCGGUAUUCUUCCAAACAAUGGAUUUAGUGUGGAUCACCUAGCAGGAACACGACUCACGGGCUCAACUUUUGACAAUAACGGAACCAGACAUGCAUCUGACGAACUUCUUAAUAAAGGAGACCCAAACAACUUGCGAGUUGCAGUUCAAGCAGCAGUUGAGAAGAUCAUCUUCUCUUCCAACACAUCAGGUGUGACAGCUAUAGGAGUUAUAUAUACUGAUUCGAAUGGAACGACUCAUCAGGCAUUUGUACGUGGUGAGGGA